GCAGUCGUUGGUACGUAAAAUUGUAAACAGGAAGUGAUCCGACAGCUAAGGAAAACGGACCGACGAUUUAGUGACUGAAAACUGUGAAGCCAUCAUGGGAAAAAGCUGCAAAGUUGUUGUGUGCGGCCAGGCUGGAGUUGGUAAAACAGCUGUGUUGGAACAGUUACUGUAUGCCAAUCAUGUUGCAGGUUCAGAGCCCAUGGAGACCCUCGAGGAUAUUUACAUUGGCUCCAUUGAGACAGACCGGGGCACACGGGAGCAAGUGCGCUUCUACGAUACUCGUGGCCUCCGGGACGGGAUGGAGUUUCCUCGUCAUUAUUAUAGUUUUGCCGAUGGCUUUGUACUCGUUUACAGCAUCGACAGCAAAGAGUCCUUUAAGCGAAUGGAGAUGCUCAAGAAAGACAUUGAUCGUCAUAGAGACAAGAAAGAGGUUACCAUCAUCGUACUGGGCAACAAGCUUGACAAGCAGGAGGAAAGGAGAAUCAAUGCUAACUAUGCUCAGGACUGGGCGAAGAAUGAGAAGGUGCGUCUUUGGGAGGUGUCGGUGGUUGACCGACGCACGCUCAUCGAACCCUUCGUCCACUUGGCCAGCAAGAUGACCCAGCCGCAGAGCAAGUCCACCUUCCCUCUCAGCCGCAAUAAGAACAAGGGCAGCGGCUCCACAGACAGCUAAGAUGCCGGGCUCAGUUAACCCUAAACCUGAAGGAGGAGUUCAUAAGAGGAAGUUAAAGGGAAUAUUGUUUUAGUAAGAAAAAAAAAUCGUCUUGAAAAAUGUGAAGAGGUAAACAUAAGAGAAAAGAUAAAUGAUUGUACAGAUGUUUCUCUGCAGCUGGUGUCUUUCUGCUGAAAUGCUUCUUUAAUCAUUACAUUUUAAAUAUUAUCCCAUACCACCAAGGAAAUGGAUCAGUUCAUUCUGUUGAUAAAAUUUUCAAUGUUACUCAGUAGAAAAAUGUUUGGACCGCAAACUGUGUUCUUUGGACCUACAUGUCUUAAAUUGCUUACAAUCAGCAUUUUUUUCAUCCACUUUCGUCCUCGAAGAACAAGUUUCACGUUAC